AUGGUACCUACAGUGACCGCAAAUGUUCCGCGCCAGCAACAGCAGCAACAGUGUAUUCAGCCAAGCGUUGGUACACAAGGACCACACCAAUACAGCGCAACUCCAGUCGCAGUCACACAGUGUGAUUCUCACCAGACGGGGGUAGAAGGGCUUCAUCGCGGUACCCAAGUCCCCGUUGUGAAUGUGCAGGCCGCGCGAACGACGUCGCGCACUCAGCAGGAGCAGUGGCUCAUCGAUGCGCAUCCAGACCUUCAAGGAACGCCUGUCACGACCGUACCGGCUAUUUCCGCCAAGCAAGGCACUAUCGGAACUGCCAUUGACCGCAAAGACGAGAUGCUAGUACCGCGCGAUGUGUGGCGCCUACGCUCCCUGCCUUCCUACAAGCGUUAUAUCGCAUACCGCCAAAUGGCAGAGCUAGGACGUCAAAUGAGCGAGUAUGACCAAACUAGUAAAGAAAAUCAGUCGCUAUGGAAGCGUAUCACAACCUUCGAAGCGAGCUUGAUUGAGGCCGAGGUGAAGUUUGCGAAUAGACUGAAGCAAGAUACAGCUGAAACGAGGGCGAGGUGGGACCGAAUCGUAGCGGCUCAGGCAGUUGGGACUCUAGUCGACCAGGAUAUGGUAGCUGCCUAUGCCCAGUAUUGCGGCAUUGCAUCUGCGACGUCCCCGGUGGAUGUGACAGCUACGACCCAACUGCCCACAUCUGAUCAAGUUCUAGCAGGGCAGAAUCCACUACCACAGCCUCAGACUUCUAGAGUUCCUGUGCCUACCGUUACUCCGUCAAUACCGGUAGAGCCCAUCAGACCAGACCAGGUAACACAUCCCCUGGACAAGGUCCAAGUUCCUCCACACCCUGGCGAGCUCGAGGACUUCACGCCACACGAAGUCACCGGAAUGUACAAAUGCAACCACCAGUAUGAAACCGGGGCCUGCUGCACAGAAGGAGUCACAAAGGAAAGAAAGAGAGCCUCAAUCUCUAGAGAUAAAUCGGCGUGGAAACGAAAGGUGGAAGACUUGGUCAGGAAAGGCGACUUGGAUACGAGCCACAUAACAUGGAAGAAGGAACAGUCACCCAGUAAGGGGAAAGACCAGAAGAUGGAGACUGCGGAGAAAGGGCGAUUACGGGAUGAGAAGAAGGCGGAUGCCAGCGCGAAAAAAGAAGCGAGAAAGGAACGGAGUAAAAAAUGGCGCGAGCAACCACACGAUGAGGUCGAUGCAGGAGCUGCACCUGAACCUAUUCUGGCACCAAACCCGCUUGAACAAGACGCCGCAUCAGCUUCUGAGGAUGGCUUUGGACUUUCUUCAGAAGAAGAGGCCGCCGCUGCUGAGGCCGCAUUUCAAGAGGAAGUCGCAAAAAAGCUAAAGAAGUACGAGUGGGAUAUCAAGAAUUGUCGGCUCUACGAGAGGAGAAAGAAGUGGCCUAAUUGGCCACGCUUCAAUGAGUAUUGGGAGGUCAAACAUCUUGAAGCUCAGGGUUUCCAGCUUUCACCGGAGCAGAGGAUCAUCUCGGAGGGCGAUGAACCGUCUGGAAUUCCGGACAAGAACCCCGCGUUUGUGAAGAAGAAGGCUGAGGAUAUGGGGUCGAUGCCGCCUCAGGAGCCGGUAGACGCGGAAGAGAGCGUUGAGGUAGAUGAUUCGAAUUUGGAUGACUUGUUCGAGGAUACGGAAGAAGCGGUCGAGCAAGAUGAUCCAGGAUUAGACGAUCUGUUCGAGGACGAUGAGCCGGAGUCCUAG